UUAAACAUUUGGCGUGAUGUAUAUAGAUGUUAUAGUGGUGGUCUUCAUCUUUAUCUGUUCUAGAGCUCAAGCUUAACCAUCAUCAUCCAAAACAUGGCGACUGAAGGCGAAACAAUAAAUUUGUCCGGAAUAGUAUCCGAAACAAAACGCAUAAUCAACGCUCACUCACGCCACUUCUUAGCUCUCUCUCUCAUCUUCCUCCUUCCAAUCUCUUUCUUCAUCACUAUCUAUCCCACCCUUCUUCUCCAAUUACAAUCUUCAUUCAACAACAACCUUCCAUACCCUGAAACCCUUUUCAACACUCUUAACCCUAGCCCUAAUCAACCCUUUAAACCCCUUGUUGCCCCCAUCAUUUUCUCAAUUUUUGUUGCUCUUUUCUCCGUUUCUGCUGUUGCCACUAUUACUUAUAGUACGAUUUAUGGUUUUUACGGCCGCCCGGUUCGGCUUGGGUCGGCUAUUAAGUCUUUGAUGCGGUCUAUUUUGCCUCUUGUGUUUACUGCACUCUGUGUUUUGUUUUUGGUUUCUUUGAUCGCUUUGGUUCUUGGGUCUGGCUUUUAUGCUGUUAGUGUACUUGUUUCGUUUUUCGGUGUUAAUGUUGAGUAUGGUUCGGGUUGUUUUAAUUGGAUGGUGGGGGUGUUUGUGUUUGGUUUGGUGUUGGUUUUGUUUUAUUUGCAAGUUCAUUGUACUUUAGGGUUUGUUGUUGUGGUGGUUGAAUCGAAAUGGGGAUUUGAGGCUUUACGGCGGAGUGGGGAUUUGAUCAAGGGAAUGAGAUUGGUGUCGUUGUGGUUAUUGUUGUUUGGUUGUGUUACGGUUGUGUUUCCGCUGUGGUUGAAUUCGGUGCCGUUGGUGAGGUUUGAGGGUGGUUUUGAUUUCUGGAAGAGUGCGGGAUUUGUUGCGCAGACAGUGUUGAGUUCUAGCUUUGUGACCUUGUUUAUGCUUAUUAGUAUUUCGGCAAAUGCAGUGUUGUAUAUGUAUUGCAAGGCCUUUCAUGGGGAAUUGGCUUCAGAGAUUGCUGAGGAGUUUGCACGUGAUUAUGUUAGUUUGCCUUUUGAUGAUGACAAGGUACCCCAUAUCGUUACUGUUGUGCAAGCUUGAAGGUACCCGGGAAUACUCAUUACUGCAGAGGACUGUUCUUGACGGAGCAUUAAAGAUUUCAAGAUAUGGGUGUGGGCGCGGGUGAACACGUACUUCGUAAGAUUAGCUUUCACCUCAAUGAUUUGACAUUGGAGUUGGAGUUCGAUUUAGAAUCUGCGAUGUAACACUACUGUUACAGGACUACUUCAAUGCUCAAGCUGACUACUUAUUUGGCAAACUCGUUUUAGCAAACAAAGUCAAGUUUUGAGUAAAUUACAUAAUGGUGGUUCGACUUUAUUUAGUCUGCUAAUAUUAUACUCGAUUUUUGAACGUGUAA